AUGUGCGACUUCACCAAGAACUACUACAUCUACACCUCGUGCGUCGACCCGGGGGCCCACUUCUUCCGCACUUCUGUCGACGGCAGCCCUAAGCGCUCCUGCCCAAAAAGCCCGCAUGAGCGCUACAUCAUGCUGCCCGGCCAGUGCCCGCUCUGCUACGGCGGCUGA